AUGCUCGAGUGUCAGAUCAUCGACAUUCGCAACCGACUGAAAACGCCGCUCACUCGCCAGUACCCGUCUGAAGAGGCGUGGCAGAAGGAGGUGACGGCCAUCAAGGAGCAGUUUGUCGAGUACUUCACACAACUGGAAAACCUUUUAUCAACUGACGAUNACAACAACGCCGCACUGGCUCUGGAAGACAUGCUCGAGUGUCAGAUCAUCGACAUUCGCAACCGACUGAAAACGCCGCUCACUCGCCAGUACCCGUCUGAAGAGGCGUGGCAGAAGGAGGUGACGGCCAUCAAGGAGCAGUUUGUCGAGUACUUCACACAACUGGAAAACCUUUUAUCAACUGACGAUCGAAAGUGGCUCACCGGAGACCGUCUUAGCUACGUCGACUUUAUGGCCUACGAGUACAUCGACUGGUACCGGGCCCUGCUGAAUGAGGAAACCCUUUUUGACAAUGGCGUAACAAAGUACCCGAAGUUAGGACAAUUUAUGACACGUUUUGAGCAGUUGGAGCCGCUGAAGGAGUACCUCGCUUCUGAUGCCUAUCGAUACGGAAUCCUGCUCAGUCCUUCACAUCGAAUUACUUCACGUCAAAAACGUGGAAACUUCAAAAAAUAA